AUGCCACAGACUGGAGGGUUUAAACAAUGUAAAUCUUUAAACAAUGGAAAUUCUCACAGUUCUGGAGGCUGGAAGUCCAAGAUUAAGGCCCUGCAGGUUUGGUUUCCGAGCUGCGGAGGCCCCUGCGGUCGUCUGCCUAGCGGCUGGCCCUCCGCAACCUCCCCCGCCCCCGGCUGCGUUGGGCUCCCCGCCGGGCCUGAUGUCGCGCGCUUGCGUGCUGCGGCCAGAGCUCCCGACCCAGAGGCCGGCCCCAGAAAGCCCCGAGCGAGUAGGGGGCGGUGCGCAGGAAGGGAGGAGGGCCGGGGGCGUGGGGGGGUGUGGGUGUUCGGGGGUGGAGAUGUAGAAGAUGUGACGCCGCGGCCCGGCGGGUGCCAGACCAGCGGACGCGGUGCCCGCGGUUGCUGCCGGAUCCCAGCUAGGGCAGGCGGCCCUCGAGAGCGGCGGCCGCGGAGACACCCGGCCCUAAACCCCAGCUCCCGAGCCCCCCGGCGCACCGCGCACUCGGGCAGCCGGAGAGGGGAGCGGCCGAGCGGCUCGAGGCUGGGGGCCCGCGGGCGCGGCCGCGCGCUGCCGGGCGGGAGGCUGGGGGGCCGGGGCCGUGGCCGUGCCCCGGACCGGGUCAGGGGCCGGGGCCGGGGGGCGGCGGCUCCCCGCGCAGCUCCAGGGGCGCGGGCACCCCGGCAGAGCCCCGGUGGGGCCAUGGCAGCCGGGAGCAUCACCACGCUGCCCGCCCUGCCGGAGGACGGCGGCAGCGGCGCCUUCCCGCCCGGCCACUUCAAGGACCCCAAGCGGCUGUACUGCAAAAACGGGGGCUUCUUCCUGCGCAUCCACCCCGAUGGCCGAGUGGACGGGGUCCGGGAGAAGAGCGAUCCUCACAUCAAACUGCAACUUCAAGCAGAAGAGAGAGGGGUUGUGUCCAUCAAAGGAGUAUGUGCAAAUCGCUAUCUUGCCAUGAAGGAAGAUGGAAGAUUACUGGCUUCUAAAUGUGUUACCGACGAGUGUUUCUUUUUUGAACGAUUGGAAUCUAAUAACUACAAUACUUACCGGUCAAGGAAAUACUCCAGUUGGUAUGUGGCACUGAAACGAACUGGGCAGUAUAAACUUGGACCCAAAACAGGACCUGGGCAGAAAGCUAUACUUUUUCUUCCUAUGUCUGCUAAGAGCUGAUCUUAACGGCAGCAUCUGAUUUCAUUUCACAUGAAAGACGACGUAUAUUUUUGAAAUUUGUUAAUGAAAGAAAAGAAAAAAA